GUCUCCCCACACUGCUGCUGGGGGGACUUUUUAACCUAGGCCUGUGCCUGUGUAUGGCCUUCAAUUGAAGCUGCUUCUGCUCCGCCACUCUGCCAUUGGACUCUUGAUAGUCGUCUCCCCACACUGCUGCUGGGGGACUUUUUAACAUAGGCCUCUGUAUGGCCUUCAAUUUAAGCUGCUUACGCUUCGCCACUCUUCCAUGGGCCCCUGUACCGCCUCCUCUUGCUGCUAGCUGCCAGGUCCAGAGUGUGUCAUGGGUCCCUGUACGGCCUCCCAUUGCUGCUGACUGCAUCGCCAGACUCUGCCAUGUGCCACUUUCAGGUCUCCUUACACUGUUGGUGGGUUCCAUUUUGUGAUAGGGUGCUGU